AUGGUCUCCACAAGCACGGCCACCUGGUCCCUCGGCGCCGUGGCCUGGGCGCUCUGGGCCCGGGACUGCUCCGGACUAUCGAGCUAUCUCGCGCGGGGAUUAGCCGUCUACGCAGCCUGUUGCGGAUGGCUGCUGCUCUACCACACUGUGCUUUAUCCCAUCUACCUCAGCCCCCUGCGGCAUCUCCCGAGCCCCGAGCAGGGUCCUCUUUACCGCCGCUUGUUGACGGGCGACCCGAGCUUCGAGACGCUGAUCAAGUGGAUCAAUGAGAUCCCCAAUGACGGCCUGAUCCGCUACCAAGGUUUCUUCAACGCGGAGCGGAUACUGGUCACGACGUCGCAGGGGUGCAAGGAGGUGCUGCAGAGCCAGGCCUACAACUACAUCAAGCUCCCCUUUGCCCUCGAGGUGAUGGGCCAGUUUGGUCCGCAGGGUAUCCUCGUGUCGCCGCCUGUGAGGCAUAGGGUCGACCGGAAGCUGCUCCAGCCGGCCUUCAAGUUCAAGUACAUCAAGGGCUUAUCGCCAACCUUUUGGACCGAGGGCGCCAAGUUUCUCUCCGUCAUCGAGAAGCAGCUGCGCGACGCCGGGGCUGGCUUCCUCGACAUUGGCGAGCGCCUGCACCACGUCACGCUCGACAUCAUCACGCUGACGGCUUUUGGCGCGUCCAUCGGCGCUGUCAACGACCCGGCUUCGUCGCGAGUCAGGCACUUCCGCAACUUGUUCGCCACCAAGAGCCACCACAUCAAGUACCGACGCCUUGCCUUUCUCCUACCCUAUUUCGUCUACCGUCGCCUGCCCGUCCGCGCCCGGAGGGAGAUCAUGACGGCGCGCGAUGUGAUUGCCGACUUCAUCCGGCCACUGAUCCAGCAGCGGCGUGGCAACGCCGAGGACGGCGGGGCGGCAGGCCAAGCAAAGCAGUACGCGCAGGGCGACAUCAUCGCCACGCUGCUGCGGUCCGGCGAGACCUUUACCGACGACUACCUCAUCGACCAGUCCAUGGACUUUAUGGUCGCAGGCCAGGAGACCACGGCCACCUCGGUCGCCUUCACCCUGUACGCCAUGUCGCAGCACCCCGAGAUGCAGGCCCGCCUGCGCGACGAGAUCCGCGCCCGCCUGCCCUCACCCUCGGACAACGCCAUGGUCGACGCCGAGCUGCUCGAGUCCCUGCCCUACCUGACGGCCGUCUGCAACGAGGUCCUGCGUCUAUUCUCCCCCGUGCCUUACGCGCACCGCCAGACCGCGGCGCCCGACACGACCGUCGGCGGCGUGCACAUGCCGCGCGACACGGUCGUCGUGGUCGCGCCGGGAGUGAUCCACGAGAGCCGCGAGGUGUGGGGGGCCCGCGCCGGCGAGUUCGACCCGGAGCGGUGGUUGGUCCGCGCCGAGGGCGGCGAGAUCGUCAAGGUCGACCCCCUGGGCGGGACGGGCGACACCUGGGCCGUCAUGCCCUUCACGUACGGGCCGAGGAUGUGCAUCGGCGAGCGCUUUGCCAGGGGCGAGAUGCUCUCGCUCGUGGCGCAGCUCGUGGGACGGUUCGAGUGGAAAUUUAAGGGCAUCGGGCGCAACGGGGACAAGCCCAUGAAGAUUGUGCAAAGCGUUGUCGCCGGCCCUGCCGGAGGCGGUAUGACCAUGUUUGCUACGCGCGUUGGCGGGUGGUAA